ACUACAGUUGAAUCCACCAAAAAGUAAAGAAAAACUAACAGCAGAUGAAUAAAAAUAAAAUACAUAGGGAUUAAAGAGAACUUCCUAGAAUAUUCAAAUCGAAUUUUAAAAUGGACUUUUAAUUAAAUUGAUAAGGCACCAAUAACUGUACACAUUGCUGUUGCUAGGAUACAGCAUAUAAACCUGUUUUGCUAUGCUAGUCAUGUAGCAUGUUUUCCUAAUUUCUUUGAUAAAUGCGUGGCUUAAGUGUACAAGUUCAGUAAGUCAUCCGCUUGAAAACAUCGCAAAGUUUUCAUCAAGCUACCACCAGUCAUGCCAUUUCUCAAAAGAUCUCUAACUAAUCAGUCAGCAUCAACGCUACUGGACAUUAAAACACAGAAAUGUGGACUGCGGCACACAGUUUUCUCGCCCUGUGGAAACGAAUACACAGGGGAGUGGCAGAACAAUAAGAAGCAUGGCAAGGGAACUCAGGUUUGGAAGAAGCAUGGUGCCAUUUAUAAUGGAGACUGGAAAUUUGGAAAACGUGACGGGUAUGGUACGUACAACGUGUUACUCCCAGGAUCAAAGAAGUAUGUGAAGAAGUACUGUGGUGGAUGGACAGAUGGAAGGAAGCAUGGGUAUGGCACAUACUUUUACAAUAACUCAGCAGUUUAUGAGGGGGAGUGGAGCGAGGACCAACGGAGUGGCUGGGGAAGAAUGUACUAUGCGAAUGGAGACAUCUAUGAGGGAGAGUGGAUGAAGGAUAAGAAUAAUGGAGAGGGAAUCAUUCGAUUUUCAAAUGGAAACUGGUAUGAAGGUAGCUGGCGAGAUGGCAAGCAGGAUGGUCAUGGAAAGUUCUACUAUUGUGACAAAGGGCAGCUUUAUGAAGGCCUUUGGGUGGAUGGAAUGGCAAAAUGUGGGACCUUGUCUGAUUUUGGGAGAGAUGAAGCACCAAUGCCAGCAAAAUAUCCAAUUCCAAAGGUAUACCUGGUCGACAAGCAGCUGGUUUUAAGGGAAGCCGAAUCAGCUUACCACGUUCAUAUUAAUAAACAAGGAUGAAGAGCCACUUUCCACUUCACUGCAUGCUCAUUGAUAAAAAUUAAAUAUCCAUUCAUCCAUCCAUUCUCUUC